GCAGUGUCACCAAAAACGUUGAUGUGGGUGAAAUUAUAAACAAAACGUUGCAAAUGUCAAAACAUUCGUGUGGAUGUUGCGUAUUUACGUGCAAAACAAACAUGAAUAAUAAUUAAUUUCUUUACAAUUAGUGGACAAUUAAAAUAAAAUUAUGUCGGGCGCUAAAUUGGAAGUCCUUUGGUCUCCAAUACACCACGACAAAUUUAUAUUAUGGGGCCCGGACAUAACCUUAUACGAAGUUUCUCGGAUAAAAGAAAUUGAGAAAAAAACAACAUUCACUCCAAUAUCUUCAACCCGAGGAGCAACAGUGCUAGCUUCACAGAGUGCCAGUGGAGUCAGCUGCGUGGAUAUCAGUGCCAUCCCAGAGCAACCAGAGCCAUUGCUGGCACUCGGCUAUGCCAGCGGCAGAGUGGCACUCACCACUCUCAAGCAAACAUAUGAUCCACUGGGACUUGUGGGAAGAGAGUUCACUUGUCGCUAUCCUCGGCUAUGCAACUCAGUGUCAUGGAGUCACAUGGAGACCAAUCUGCUGGCGGUGGCCAUGGAGAAGAACCGCAAUGACCACUGCAUACUAUUGUGGGAUGUGUACCGAGGAUCCUUGUUGUCGGAAGAAGCUAAAGCUUCUGACUCGUCACCGUCAGCAGCGACGGAGUCGCCGAGACCCAUGGCCGAGAUGGGGCUCUCGGAGACAGCCCACUGUGUCACGUGGGCAAACUUCUCUAGCAGGACGCUUAUUGCUUCCAUGAACCUUAAAUAUAUCAAGAUAUUUGAUCUUAGAGAUUUAUCCAACAAGGCAGUGACAAUGACAACUACUAAAUACUGUUACGGAAUAUGCGCCGAGCCGUGCGGGGGCUACCAGAUCGCGUCUCGCGGGGAGGGCGUGGCCUGCGUGUGGGAUGCGCGGGCGCUGCAGAAGCCGCUGCUCACCAUAAAGCAUCCCAGACCUUUGGCUCAGCUGCAGUGGUGUCCCACCAGGCGUAACUUGCUAGUGUCGCUAGAGCGGGAUUCCACUACGCUGCGCAUUCAUGAUAUUCAGCAGGCGAACAGUGACAACAAAUUGAAUGUAUCAGACAGCACGAGUUCGCAGAUAGCAGCGCCUGCGGUGGAGGCGGAGCUGGAGGAGCAGUACUCGCGCGGGCCGAGCGUGAUCGAGCGCGAGGUGGCGGUGAGCGCGGCGCCGGCGCCGCUGCUGGGCUACGGCUGGCAUCCCGCGCACGAGGGCCGCCUGCUCGCUGUCUGCGCUAGUGGAGCGCUAGUAGACUACACGGUGUGCGAGCGCGUGACGGUGUCAUGGGGCGGCGGCGGCUCGCUGGUGUGGACGGGCGGGGGCGGAGCCCUGCGCAUGAUGCGCGACGACUUCUACGCCGCCAUACAGGACAUCUCCUUCGUCAUGAAGAAGAGAGCACAGACUGACUAUGGACUGAAGGCAAAUUUAUGGCAGAACGCAGACUUGGCCGAUGACGACGCACUGAGUGGUCUCUGGCAUUUCCUGGCGCUCAGCAAGUCUCUUGUUGAAGAUGGUUGCAUUCGUAAUAGUCCGUGGAAGCAUCCUGGUGUCCGCACUGUGCUGCGAUCAGUGGGUGACGGUGGCUACCGUUCGGAAAUAGUGCCUUCCCUUUUGCCUGAUUUGCCCAACAGAAGAGUUACUAUUUAUAGGAGUGCGGAGCGCACGCGGGCGCUGCAGCUGUGCGGGUGGGGGUGGGGCUGGGAGAACGCGCUGGCGGGCGUCGAGCGCGCCGAGGCCGAGGGCACGCCGUGCCGGGCCGCCGCGCUCGCCGCCUUCCAGCUGCGCGUGCGCGCCGCGCUCGACGUGCUGGCGAGGGCGCAUGAACCCAUGCUGCGGGUUGUCGCGCUGGCGCUUGCAGGUCUGUCGGACGAGCGUCUGUGGCGCGAGGCGCUGGGCGGCGCGGCGGCGGCGCUGCCGGACCCCUACCUGCGCGCGCUGCUGCGCUUCCUGGCCGCCUCCGCGCCCGCGCACCCGCACCACCACCCGCCGCCGCAGCACCACCCUGACCUGGCCGCUGUGCUCAACGAAACGGAAAUGCGUUUAGAAGAUCGCGUAGCCUUCGCGUGCAUCUUCCUCCCAGACAGCAAGCUGCACGAGUACGUGUCGAGCACGUGCGCGGCGCUGGUGCAGGCGGGCGAGCUGGCGGGCGUGCUGCUGACGGGCGCCGGCGCCGAGGCGCUGCCGCUGCUGCAGCGCUGGCUGGAGGCCACGGGGGACGUGCAGUCCGCGGCGCUGGUGGCCGCGCGGUGCUUCACGCCCGAGCUGCUCAAGGAUCAGAGGACGCAGAAUUGGCUUGACAGCUACCGCACGAUCCUGGACAGCUGGCAGCUGUGGUGGGCACGCUGUGCGCUGGACACGUGGGUGUGCGGCGCGGAGGGCGGCGCCGAGUGGGCGGGCGCGGGGGCGGGGCCGGGCGGCGCGGGGGCGGGCGCGGGGGGCGUGCCCCGCCAGGUGUGCGUGGCCUGCACCUACUGCGGCAAGUCGGUGGCCGCGCCACCUGGACACAACCGGCCCCGAGUUGCUUUCGCCAGGCUUCCACCACCUGCUGCUAAGAUGAAGCAAAUCUCAUCAUGUCCAAACUGCCGCAAGCCGCUCCCCCGGUGCGGCGUGUGCUCGCUGCACGUGGGCACGAGCGCGGGUGGGGCGGGCGGGGCAGGUGGGGCGGGUGGGGCGGCGUUCGGCUCGUGGUUCAGCUGGUGCGUGGCGUGUCGGCACGGCGGACACGCGCAGCAUCUCAUCAACUGGUUCAAGGAACACACGGAGUGUCCGGUCAGUUCGUGUAACUGUCACUGCGCCACGCUGGACCCACCUGACAGGCAUGACUAGCAGAAUUGCUUCACACAACCAUACACGGGAAUUUAAACCCUGUGUUCUAAGACGUAAGGCAUAUUUUGCCAUCUCGGACAAUGCAGACUCUGUAUAAUAUAUUUGUUGAAAUGAACAAUAUUGAUGUUCCAAGAAUCAAUUGUCAGUUCCAUAAUUAUGUUAAUCAAUUUCAUUAUUCAAAAUGAUCAUAAAAACACUAUAUUUUAUAUUUGCUUUCUGGCUAUGGUGUUGUUUAUCUUGAAAUAUAUUUGAAACUUACUGCUUUCAUAUACUUGUGAAAACCAUUCUAGUCUAUGUAUGUAAUGUGUUAUUAGGCACAUGCAAGCGACGUAGAGGGCGCCACAAGCAUAACGUAAGAAAAAUCAAUUCAAGAUCAGAAAAAUGUCUUGAUUAUUUUUCUAAAAGCAACGUGACACUCACUACGUCUACAUAGUUAUUCGUAUGUUAUAUUAUUUUAGGUACGUUUGUGUUCAUAGCGUAAGGCAGAAUGCGUCGCGGAUAUUUUUAUAUUUAGCUGUAAGAGAAGGGUUAUUUUUGUACACUACAUUAAGGUUUAUCUUUACUUUGUAUGUUAUUUAAACGUUAUCCAUUCUGUUGUUGCAUUUUAUUACUUUAUAAUCUGUGUAGGAUAUUUGACAACUGUACCAAUAGUACUUCAAAGGGCUUUCGGUACUGAGAUGGUUCUCUAUGGCAUAAAGCAAAAUCUAUCGGAACCAAACCAGUGCCUUCCUGUACCCAAAAAUUCUGUCGGUCCAUGGGUCAAACUAUCUAUGUACAUAUCUUUAUUCAGUUUUUAAGUCAACCUGACCCAAAAUGACAUCUUUACUAUUAAGAAAAUUGUAUGAUUCACUGCAACCGAUCUUGAUUUUUAUAAGUUUGCGUAAGAUGUUGUUUAGAUUAAUGAAAAUGUUUUGUUUAGCCUGUCUUCCGUUACAUUUUGUGAUAUCUUAUCACCCUGUUCUGUGUAUAAUUUGAAAUACGAAAUAUUCUCAAUCUAA